AUGCAGUUCAACAGCCUCACCUUCAUCGUCGCCGCCCUGGCCGGCCUCGCUGCCGCCGCUCCGGCUCCGGCUCCCUCCGUCGACGGAAAGCUCAUCUGCGGCGAGACAAAGGGAACUGUGAUUGGAUGCCCGUUCGGUCAGAUCUGCCUGCUUGCGCCGGGGGCUGACAAGAAGUCUGCUUUGGGAGUCUGCCAGGCUCUGUAA